AUGAAUAAUUAUGAUGAUAUUAUAAUAUCUAGUAGUGAUGAUUAUACUAUUAAAUUUUGGAUUUUACAAAAUGAAUGGAUAUGUUCAUAAACUAUCACAGAUCAUAAACAUUGCGUUUAUUAACUAAAUAUGAAUGAAUAAUAAAAUAAAGUUAUUUCAUCUGGGUGGGAUCAAUUAAUAUUAAUAAUAGAAUAUUCAGAAUAUAAUAAAAAGUGGAUGGUUAGAUAAAAAAUUAAAGUUGAUUGUUAAGGAUUACGACUAUGUUUUAUCAAUGAUAAUCUUUUCACAUUUCAACCAAAGAAAGGCAAUUUGAUGCAUGUCUAUGAGAUGAAUAUUGUAAGUAAAGAAUUUACUAAAACCAAAAAUAUUAAUGUAAAUCAAGGUGAUGAUGGUUAUGUAUUGUUCCCAUAAUAAUAUAUAAAAUCAAAAUACUUACUUGUUAGUAAAAAUUAUUAGACUGUCAAUUUAAUAAGAAAGCUAGAAAAUGAUGAAUUUAAAGUUGAAUAAUCAAUUCAAUAUGGUAGUUAUGGAUUAUUUGGUUAAAUGAGUGAUGAUGGAGAAUAUUUGAUUACUUGGGAUUAUUCAUCAAAAAAAAUAUAAAUUAGGAAAUAAACAGAAGAAUGA